GGUGUCAACCACCAGCUCAAUCAUAAGAGCUCAACCACCAUAUGGUCCUCGAUGGAAAGGGGAAGAAGAAGAGCUCAACCACCAGCUCAAUCUCUCUCCUCUUCCCUUCCACCGCGAAGCACGUCCGCAGCGCGUCGCAGAUCGACACCGACAAAUGCACCCAUCCCUGCGCCGCCUCGAUUUUCCUGAAACUGACCUCGGAGAGUUUCAAUUUGAAUGCUAAUAGCGUUGCCGGCGUAAUUUACCGGCGGUUUAAUUGGGAAAAACGCAGGUAUCUCACGGGAUUCGAUGCACAAGAGGCGUGCUACUGGAGGGAAGAAGAAGGCGUGGAGGAAGAAGCGAAAAUAAUUGAAAAAUUGGUUUUUGCGGAGAGUUUCAUGGAGGAAGAAGAGGAGAGGCAGAUGAAGGCUCGCUGCUGUUUUUGCGGAAACAUGAAGAGCUGGUGGUUGACACCAUAUGGCGGCGGCGGGGAUGGUGGCGGAGGAGAGGGGACCGGCUCCGGCGGUGGAGGGGAGGGCACCGGCACCGGCUCCGGCAGUGUAAUUUUGAACUUAAUUCUUAACUUAAUCUGA